UGCGCGAUUUGCGAGAGUUGUGAGUGGAAGGAGCGUGGUGCAUAAGGACCAAAAGGCGUGCAGCCAUGGCUGACCUCGCUGAUUUCUUCGCAAAGAAAGAUAAGAAAAAGACUAAGCCGAAGAAGUUUGUCCCUGAAGACAUGGGUAAAAAGCUUGAAGAGGCUGAAAAGAAACAACAGGAAAGGGAGCGCCGGGAGGAGCUCAAACGAGAACAUCUGCGGGAGGAGCAGCUGGAAAUAGAUGACCCCAAUCACAAAAAGGAGCCGGCCGACGAGUGGCAGGACGAGGAGGAGGCGACGGUGGACCUGUCCGACCUCAACAUCCAGCAGCUGGAGCAGCCGGAGGCGGGCAGGGCCGAGGGCGAGGUGGGCCCGCUCGACGCCGAUGGCAACCCCACCGGCGCCCAGGGCAGCGCCUGGGGCUGGCAGAAGACAGAGGCCAGGGACCAGUCACCGGAGGAGCGCGAGCCGGAGCCAGUGAAGCCGCCCGAGCCGGUGGCGGCGCCCGAGCCGACCAAGGCUGCGGCGGCGUCCACCAGCAGCGUCGGCUACGUGCCGCCGCACCGUCGCAACAUGCCGGCGGCGUCGGCGACGCCCAGCGGGCCGCUGGCGCCGACGCGACUCGGCGCCACCCGUAGCUGGCGCAACAAGGCGCCCGACAUCAGCAGCGACGAGGCGUUCCCCACGCUCGGCGCCGCCGUCGAGGAGACGGCGCGGGGCGCCUGGGGACAACGGGGCGCCAGCAGGCCGGCCGGUCAGGACUUCCAGCGCGUGCGGCAUGGCAACACCUCAGGGCAGGACUCGCGGUUACAGGCGCCCAAGCUCAGCCUAGGCAACCAAUUCGACGCCCUCCAACUGAACGACGCCUACUAACGCCAGCCACGGCCUGUAUGGCGCGCGGGCGCGCGGCGACGAGGCGAGCGCCGCGCGCCGCGCGUCGCCCAUUUCGGAACAGACGGGCAGUGCGACGGCGGCGGCGGCAGGGGAGUGCUGACGCCUGGUGGCGGGGCGCGUCGCCGCCGGCCGCCGCCGCGGUGGACAGACGGGACAGGUGUGAUAUGGUGCGAGGUGAAUGGGCGGAAGCGGUGCGGCGGGCCGGGCUGCGCGCUCGCCGCCCGCCGGCCCGCCCCGCUGCCGUUUUUACUCCCUUGGGUUACAGACCAGUGUAAUGGGACGAGUAACGCUGUAAAUUUAGGUUCGGCGAAUACAUGCUCUUAUAAAGCCUGUUAUCGUAAUAAAAUUAUUCGUUUUAUGA